AUUUACCGCGGCCCGACCAAGCUGCUGUAUCGCGGCUUGUCGCACGGUCCCGCCGCCUGUACCUCUGCCGCCAUCGCCGCUGCAUCGCCCGCAUGUGCGAUAGUGCCAUCGAGACGCCGGCGACGAAGGCCCAUGACGUCGACGCGACGCCCACGAAGGCGCUGGCGCGAUCUUUGACGCUGGUCGUAUCUUCGCCGCGCAACGACAUUGCGCAGACGCCGGGCCGCACGGCCGUGCGCCUGCUCAACUUUUCGCGCCGGCCGCAGCAGGCCAAGCAGCCGUACGACGCGCCGGUCUCGACGCUGCUGCGCGCGCGUGGCGUCAAGCUCUCGCCGCGGCCGCUCUCGCCCGGCCACGAGACCCUGCCGCUCGACGUGCGAUGGAAGAAGCGCGCCCGGUCGAGCUCGAAAGGCCUCGUCGACGCGACCGGGCCGAAGAAAUCCAAAUGCUCGCCGCCGCCCGUCGCGCUCACGUACCCGUCGCGCGUGAAGGGAAAGGCCAAGAUGUCGACGGCGAUCGACGCUGCGAUCCGGCAUUUCCAGCGCGACCAGCUCAAGACGACGACGUACUACCACGCACCGACGUGCCAUGUCGUCGUCGCGCGCACGCAGGGCACGCGGCCGUACAUGGAGGACGAACACGUGGUGCAGAAACAGGUGUUUGAGGACUCGGGCGCAAGCGUCUUUGGCAUCUUUGACGGGCACAACGGCGGGUGGGCGGCCGAGUUUGCCUCGACGCGCCUCGUCGAACUCGUGAGCGCGCACGACGGUCUGCACGCGAUCGCAUCGCGCUACGCACCGCUCUCGAUGACAGCCGACGUGCCGCUGGACGUGUCUGAGGACGACGUGGCCUCUGUCUACGAGGGCCUCACCGAGGUCUUCCUCGCGCUGGACGACGAGAUCCUCACGCAGACCAUCGCACGCAAGCAGCGCGACGGCGCGACCGGGCUCGUGCUCUUGGUGCUGGGGCCCCACGUGUUCUGCGCCAACGUCGGAGACACGCGGGCCGUCCGGGGCACGUGGUCCAAGGCCGACGACAGCGUGUGCACAGACCGCGUCUCGCUCGACCACAAGCCGACGCUCGAGGCGGAGACGGCGCGCAUCGUCGCGGCCGGGGGGCAGGUGAUCUUCUCGGGCUGCUGGCGCGUCGCGCAUGAAAAGGUCGGCCUCCGGCUCGCGGUCAGUCGGUCGUUUGGCGACCACCCGCUCAAGCUGCAGCUCCCGUCGUCCUGCGCCGCGCCGCUCGUCUCGUGCGUGCCGAGUCUGCGGCAUUUCCGCAUCGACACCGAGUCGGCCGCCGACUUUGUGGUCCUCGCCAGUGACGGUCUCUGGGAUCGGCUCGACGACGACGAAGCGGUCGAAACGGUGCAGACGGCGCUGGCGCAGGCGGCGGCCGGCGAGGGCGGCUUGAAGGACCGACUCAAAGCCGCAGCCAACGCGCUCAUCCAGUCGGCGCUCGAACGCAAGAGCUACGACAACAUUACGACGCUCCUCGUGGUCCUCAAGGCGCCGUCGGUCGUUGCGUUGACGUCUUAAGUUAUAUACAUGUAUAUCCAUCUGCAACCC